AUGGCGCCUCCUGUGGAACUAGACACAACUCUCAGAGACCUGUAUACCCAGUCAGGCGAUGAAGGAGACAUCACUCUCGUCUACUGUCCCCCUAUGAGCCAAGUCCAGCUUGUCCAGGGUAUGCCUCUGUCCAGCAAGUACGCAUACCAGGACCGUCUGCCAGCUCCAGCCAAGGGCAGCACCCAGGCAGCUCGCGUCUUUACCCAGGUACUGCCGCAGUCCCACGCCAUGAUCGCCGGCAAGAUGGAUCUCGUCAUGCUGGACCUGGAUGUGCCUGGCAAUGGUCCCACAGGACAACAGGCCCCCACGGACGCAGCCCAGGUGUUUGGACAGAUCACCGAGAGCCAAAGGCCCACGGUCAAGUUCAUCAAGGAUAUUGCAGAUCUUCAGAUCCCUGCUGGUGCCAAAAUUGGCGUCUUCCGGCCUGCAGACUGCCUGGACCACUUGGACCCUGUCGUCCCCUUUACUGCCCACUUCAAGGCCCACUCGAAGAGAGAGCUGGCCCUGUCGAAGGUGCCAACUGCCCCGUCGGUGGUUGUUGAUGCCAGCAUUCAGCCGGGCCAAGCCCAGGACCCAGCGCUACGGGCUAGUGAGGUCGCUCGUAUGUUGGCCUUGGUCGAGAAGAAGGCCAUCCCGUUUGUUGUCAAGCUUCCGCAGGCUCAUGGCGGCCUAGGCACGUUCAUGGUGCGCAGCGAGCAAGACCGGGCCGAGACUUUGGCAGUUCUGCGAGGAGAGGUCGAUAUGAUGCUCUCCAUGCUCCGGGACGCCAAUGCUCACUUCUACCCGGCAAGUCUGGUGGUGCAGGACAUGGUGCCGGGCUUCGUCAUGGCGGUGUGCAUGUUCGUUCCCAAGAGCGGUAGCCCCCUCAUCACAUCAGUGUCGGACCAGCAGACAGACGAUGGCGGGCAUUGGACUAGGACGCAUAUCGACUACUCGCAGCAGGCGCGCUUGCAUACCGAGUACAGGCCCAUUGUCGACGCCAUCGGCGCGUACAUGCACCAGCUUGGGUACCAUGGGCCUCUGGGUGCGGAUAUCAUGACUGGGCUCGAUGGACGACACCUGGUGAUCGACCUCAAUGCUCGUGUUUCCGGAUCCCACCCGCUUGGCUUCCUCAAGAAGCACUUGAACACUUCCAGGGGGUUCAACGACGCAGCAGUGGUCGGACCCAUGCUUAGCGUCACGAUUGACGAAUUCAAGUCCCGGUUCAGCCCUGAGUUGGAUGAGGGUAGAAUUGUCUUGCUGGGAUGGAGUAAUGGCAUUGGGGGUGAGAGCAGUGGAGCCAUCAUGGUGGUGGCAGGGGAAGACAUGGGGGCACUCAGACAGCUUGAGGGUAAAGUCAUGGCGCUUAGCGCCUCGGCGGGCACUUGUCUGCGGGACGGAACGGGGAGCGGAGUGGAAGCGAGAUCUUGCUUCCAUUUCGAGUGA